AAAUAAACAUAAAAAAUAUAUGAGAAUAAAAUUCAAACUUUUAAUUCGCAUAUUAUAUAGAUGAAGAAAGUAUAUAACCCAGCCAGCUCGAUGAGAUGGAGAUAUUUUUAUUUUUUUUGAGGAGAAGAGAUGGAGAUAUUUAAAUAUUAAAAUCCCAUGCUAGAAGCAUUUAAUUUAAUUGGUCAAUGGUCACUUAAUAGUAAAUGUAACAACAGUCAAAAAUCGGAGGAGAAGAAUGUUGGGUGCAAGAAAUAGUGGUUAAGAGUCUUAUAGUACCAGAUAGGAAUUGACUUUUUUUGUAAAUAGCAAUUGGUGCAUAUGUGCUUAUCCAUUCACUCUCACUCACAAACAACAUAUCUAUUACCAUUCCUAUGUUUGAACUAUGCUUGUGCUCAUUAGACACCUAAACCAACAAGGUUUUUGCUUCACCAGGGUAAAGCAGAGUGUAAAAGACCCAGAGAAGGGUAUGGAAAUCCUUCCCCCAGGCUGGAAGAAGCUAUGGGAGAUAUGGGAUAUUCGGUCUUUCAUUAUCUUAAGCCUCUCACUGCAAACCUUUUUGAUUUUUUUCUCUUCCUUGAGAAAGAGAACGGCCAGCAAGUGGGUAAUCAUGCCUCUCUGGUCAGCAUACUUGCUUGCAGAUUGGGCUGCUGGCUUUGCAGUGGGACUCAUCUCCAACAGCCAAGGCAAAACUUCUGGUGAUAAUAAUGCUGACCUCCUGGCAUUUUGGGCUCCCUUUCUUCUGGUGCACCUUGGUGGCCCGGAUCCUAUAACUGCUUUUGCUUUGGAGGAUAAUGAGCUUUGGCUGCGGCACCUGCUUGCGCUAUUAGUACAGUGUCUGGCUGCAGUCUAUGUCUUCAUUCAGUCACUUCCCAACAAGCUGUGGAUCCCUACACUUCUUAUGCUUUUAGCAGGAAUCAUCAAGUAUGCUGAGCGGACGCGGUCACUGUAUCUCGCAAGCAUGGAUAGCUUCCGAGAAUCCAUGAAUACAAAACCUAACCCUGGGCCUAACUAUGCUAAGCUCAUGGAUGAAUACUACUCCAAGAAAGAGGCAAGGCUACCAACACGGAUAGAAAUGAUUGCAGAACCUGAUAGAGUAACCAAAGCUGUCAAUAAAGUCAAAGAAGGUCCAUUGACAGAUUUGGAGGUGGUGCACUAUGCUUACCGAAAUUUUGAAUCUUUCAAGGGGCUUAUUGUUGAUCUCAUAUUCAGCUUCCGUGAGCGCAACCAAAGCCGAGAGUUCUUCCUCAAGAGAUCAGCAAAAGAUGCUUUUAAAGUGAUAGAGGUUGAACUCAAUUUCAUUUAUGAAGUCCUCUAUACCAAGGUCAGUGUGGUGCAUAGUGGAUUAGGAUACAUAUUCCGGUUUAUUUCCAUCACUUCAGUUGUUGUAGCUCUUGUGCUCUUCCAUUCCAAAAAAAAGGACAAUUUCAAGGGGUUUGAUGUUGGGAUUACUUACACCCUGCUACUUGGUGCCAUUGCCUUGGAUGUAAUUGCUCUCGCCAUGUUUCUUUUUUCCGAUAGGACUGUUGUUGCACUUCAUAAAUUACCUGAAAAUAAGGUUGAGAAUAUGCCUGAGGACACUUAUACUGAAGAAGAGCCAACAAAGUCUCAUGUCAGUUGCUUUAAUAGGCUUAUGCGACUCAUGAGGCGCAGGUGGUCUGAAUCUAUUUCAACUUACAACUUGAUAUAUUUUUGUUUGCAUCCACGCCGGUUAGUGAAAGACAAAUUGGUUGGCUAUUUGGGCCUUAGAAACUUUCUUGAUGGGUUGAAGUAUGUGGGAAGCAAGCCAUUCAAUGAUGAAUUAAGAGACCACAUAUUUGAUGAGCUGUUAGCAAAAUCUGAGAUAGCAGAUGAUUUAGAAACGGCCAAGGAGAUAUGUUCAUCCAGAGGUGAUUGGAUUCUUCGAGUCGAAAAUCGGGUCAAAAAUUGCAACCGCUUCCUCCCUUGGAUCCUUGACGUUGACUAUGAUGAGAGCCUUCUUCUGUGGCACAUCGCCACUGAACUCUGCUAUAAUACUGAUGAUGUCCACGAUCCAAACAAAGAUCCAAACAAGGAUCGAAACGUGGAUGGAAACGAGGAACAAAAGAAGGAUUUUCGUAAAAUUUCCAAGCUCCUCUCAGAUUACAUGCUGUAUCUUGUAGUUAUGCAGCCUACAAUGAUGUCUGCAGUGGCAGGUAUUGGGCAAAUACGAUUCCAAGAUACCUGUGCUGAGGCCAAGAAGUUCUUUGGAACAGGAAAUUUCAGAGGGAGACAGGAUGAGGCAAAUAUCUGUGAAGUUAUCAUUUACGUAAUUUUAAGUUUUUUCAAAUAUCUUCUUCUAUUUUUCAUUCUUCCUCCCAUUCUAAUUUUCAAUGCUGUUAAGAAACCCUUUGGUGGAGCAAAAGCAGAACAGGGACAGGUACUGCUUGAAGCCUAUCCGUGUUAUCUCCGAGUCAUGAAAUUCUUCGGAAAAGAGAAAUUAGAUUGGGUUGAACAACAGAAAGAGGCCUGCAGAAAUAUCCUUGCUGUUAAUACAGAAGUAAAACCUGUUACUGUCAAGGGGGAUAGAAGCAAAUCUGUGUUGUUCGACGCUUGCCUGCUGGCCAAAAAAUUGAAGGAGUUAGAAGGGAAAGAUGGUGAACCCGACAAAUGGGAAAUAAUGAGCAAAGUUUGGGUGGAAUUGCUGUCCUAUGCUGCCUGUCAUUGCAGAGCAAAUGCGCAUGCUGCACAACUGAGUAGUGGUGGACAGCUUAUCAGUGUGGUGUGGUUAUUGAUGGCUCAUCUUGGCUUGGGUGAUCAGUUCCAAAUAAAUGAAGGCAAUGCAAGGGCUAAACUAAUUGUGGAGAAGUAGCCGAAACAAUAGUAUGUUGUACUAAUGUAUUGGUGAUGUCCUUUUGUUGUAGCCUGUCUUGAACCAUUUGAUCGAAUCAUAUUAUCUAUCGUUUGCCGUAGAGAUGCUUCCCAGUGUAUAUUCUUUUGGCUUUGCUCUUUUUAAUAUUGUUUCAAUUUACCA